AUGCAGAGAUUCCUUGUUUUUAGAGCGACUAUUGUGAGCUUCUUCGUUCUCACAUUUGCGGCUGAGAUCCCGGACUCCGGGUUCUUGAUAUUCCGGGACCCGAUCAUCGUCAUUGAUCUCACUGCAGUCCUCGUCGCACUAGGCGGUCUACUGGUCCUCACAAUUGGCUUCAUCGUUUUUGGCUUCAUCGCCGGCUACGUGUAUGCUCGAUUCAAGUCACGACUCAACACCACUCAGUUCUCACCAACGCCACCAUUCGCCCCAAAACCGGUGCCGAAAUUUACUUUCGCUGCCCCUACUCCACCAAACAAUAACAACCGACAACCGACGAACACCCGACUUGGAAGGCCAAUACAACCAAUCAUAAAAAGACGAACAUGGUAA